AUGUCUCCACUUGCAGCAGAGGCAACAUCAGUGCUGAUCAAAGACAAUGAUAAGGAAGCUUCCAUCAGUGGAGAAGAAGGUGCAGGCCAUUGUCAGAAGCACUGCCCUCUGACUGUCCACCGAGUAAGACGCAACUCUGAUCCUCGAGAGCCGCAGUGCAAGGUCGCAAACGACAAAACCUUUGUUGAGAGGUAUAGACGUGAUGACUAUAUGUUGCUUGUGGUCAUUGCCAUGUUUUUCUUAUUGGUCUUUACAACACUCGUUUUUGCUGAACCGGAGCGAUGCGAAACUAACUGCGAGAAAAUAAACGAGGAUCCACCAAUAUUGAUGAAGUCCUCUCCCCAUGCACAUUCUCAUGGCGUGCGUUCAAUAACGUUCGUUCUUGCUCUAUCUAUUCAUUCAGUCAUUGAAGGCAUCGCAUUGGGAGUAGGGGUAAGCUUCUUACGUCUUGGUGCUGGCCAUCCUCUUUUGUGUCUUAACCUUGGCAUUGUGUCGUGUCAAUGCGAGAUUUGCUUGAGUUUGUUCACCAGAAUUGACACAAUCUUUUUACCGUUUGACUUAACCUCUUAAGG